AUGGAAGGGAAGGAGCACGGGUUGAUGCUGGCAUGUGUAAUUUCGGCUACCCUUUUCUCUGUUCUGGGUUCUGCUUCUUUUGCUAUACUGUGGCUGGUGAACUGGAGGCCAUGGCGGAUAUAUAGUUGGAUCUUUGCUAGAAAAUGGCCAGCAUUUUUACAAGGACCUCAGCUUGGAAUAUUAUGUGGUUUUCUGUCUCUCUUUGCAUGGAUGAUUGUAAUUUCACCAGUGGUGGUACUUAUUAUAUGGGGAAGUUGGUUGAUUUUGAUAUUAGGUCGAGACAUAAUUGGUCUGGCUGUUAUAAUGGCUGGAGUUGCUCUUGUUUUGGCAUUUUACUCGAUAAUGCUCUGGUGGAGAACACAAUGGCAAAGCUCAAGGGCUGUUGCUGUUCUACUUCUUCUGGCUGUUGGAUUGCUUUGUGCAUAUGAACUUUGUGCUGUGUAUGUUACAGCUGGUGUAAAAGCAUCCGAGCGAUAUUCAGCUUCAGGAUUUUUCUUUGGUGUGUCAGCAAUUGCCCUGGCAAUCAACAUGCUUUUUAUAUGCAGGAUGGUAUUCAAUGGCAAUGGCUUGGAUGUUGAUGAAUAUGUGCGAAGGGCAUAUAAAUUUGCUUACUCGGAUUGUAUUGAAGUGGGUCCGGUGGCUUGCUUAACAGAACCACCAGACCCCAAUGAGUUAUAUCCUCGUCAAUCUAGAAGGGCUUCACAUCUUGGGUUUCUAUAUCUUGGUUCCAUUGUAGUUCUGCUGGUAUAUUCCAUCUUGUAUGGCCUGACUGCGAAAGAGUCAAAUUGGCUUGGAGCUAUUACAUCGGCUGCUGUUAUUAUUCUUGGUACACCUACUACACAUAUGAAUCUAUUAUUCUGA